AUGCACCGCUCUGGUCCGCCGUACUGCACUUAUCACCCCUGCCUGCAUGACCUGACAGUUGAAAGUAUUGUCCCUUUGUUAACACUGCUGCUAAGCCAGCCGACGACGGCAUUGGAACAUCCAAUACUCGACUCUUUCCCCGCAGACAAAGCACCGCAAAGCCAAGAAGUCACUACCUCACCACCACGCGAAUGGCACGAGCCGCAAGACUUCGAAAAUCUCGGAGUGGCCACGCUCAGCGAGAUGGACGCGCCGGAACCGCAUUGGCAGCAGUGGUGCAAGGAGCACGAGAAAUUCGGCUUCGUCGUUUACCGCUCCGCAUAUAACAAUAUAAGUGACGCCGAAUGGGCAGAAGUGAGAAUGACGGUGUUGGGCACCUCGAUGCAGACUUGUGGCCCUGACUGGAGGACCAGUGAUGCGCUUCCGAACGCGCCGAGUCGGGUGUGGUUCCAGUGGGUUGAAGACCGGGCAGCACUGGAGGGGAAGGGGGUCGAGUUUGUGCGCGAGCAUUUCGCGCGUAUCGCCACCGUCCACGAAUACUACACCUCCGGCCCUCUGAACCAGAGCCUCAACUGGCCGAGCGAAAUCCUCCAAGACGCGGUCCUACUGGUCGACGAAGCGGCGCUCGCGUCAAUCCAGGCGGCGAUUAGAGACCCUGAACUCGAUCGCGAAGCUUGGCUGUGGGCGAUUGAUCCUGGCUUUGGCAUGCAGGACUCUUUGUGCGAGAGCGAUCCGGACUACUGCCAAGAGCAUGAGCCCGGGUAUGAGGGCUACUAUAAGGUGCGUUUGGAGCGCCUCUUUGAAGGGUUCUACGAUAUGCUGCAAGGCCAGGUUCGCGAUUUUGAGUUUUUGGACUACGAUCCUUUUGAGUAUCGUGAGAGAAGUGGGUGUUGGGGUGACGAAGAGGUCGUUUAA